CUAACCAACAGUCAUUCAGACAUAAUGCCGCCUUCAGCUUAUAUCACCCGUAUUGAGCAGUUCAGUGCCUCUCACCGGCUCCACAGGUAGUCUUAAUAGAUUUUAUUAUAUAAUGUAUAAAUAAUGGCUUAUUUCUCAUACUUUUGAAGUCAUAUUGGAAUAAUAUAGUAGUAGUAAAAUUUUACUUUGCCGUGGGAUGUAUGGUUUUAAUAACUUUUCAAUUAUUACACUUGUUACACCAUCCUAUAGAAUUCUAUAGAAUUCUAAAAGAUUAAAAACAGUUUAACACCUACAUAUAAUAUUAUACCUACUCAUUAGAAAUUAGCAUUUAUGUUACAUAAAUAAUUAUAAUACAUUAUAAUAGUAGGGAUAACAUAAGGAAUAAUUUAUUGAACAGAGAUUAAUCUUAGUUACCGAUUUAAUUAUUAUUAUCGCUAUUUAUUUUACAUACUCAUGUUAAUGAAUUAUUUUAUGCUGUUGUAUAAUAAGUUCUGCUAAUGCCAUACAAAAAAUAACAAUAAUUAAUAUACUUGAUUUAGGUAACCAUUUUAAAUUAUGUGAAGCAAAAUAAUAUAUUUUUACUUACUUACAUGCUUAAAUAUAAUCCAUAUUACUUAUUUAACAUUGAAUAUAUAUCCAUAAACCUUUUAAUUGUUUACUUUUUCAGCAACAAUUUAAGCGAUGAAGAAAAUGUAAAGAUUUUUGGUAAAUGUAACAAUAAAUAUGGUCAUGGGCAUAAUUACAAAGGUACCUAUUUUAUUUUUAAAGGUACCUUAACACAAAGAUAUACCCAUAUUUUAUUUUCAUUAAAUUUGUGAUUUUUAAUAUUUUGAAGUUCAAAGAAAAGUACUGCACCUAUUAUCACAUUUUUAAAUUGAUUAUUAUUAUUACUACAAUUAAUUGACUGUAUAUUUCUUUUUUCUGAACUUUAAAAAUAUUAAAAAUAACAAAUUUAAUAAAAAUAAAAAGUUGAUAUAAUAACAUUUUCAGAAAAUUAACUCUAUAAAAUUGCUAUCUUCUAAUUUAAUAGAAUAUAGUUUAAUACUGUAAAAUCGGUUAAUAUCGUUAUAUUUAUACUUAUUGUAUAUAAAAACCGAUUUUGUGCUGUUAGUUUUAAUACUAGAGUGUAUGAGCAUAUUAUCAAACUUAAAGGUAAGAACAUUAUCAGUUUUUGUACAUUGGUGUUUUAAUUUUCAGGCUAGUUACAAACAAGUGAAAUAUUACAAUUUAAAAAUCGUCAAAUCUGGAUUAAAAUUAAAAUAUUGAGAAAAACCUACGUACAAACGCAAACAACAUGCUUACCCUUAAGUUAGUUAAUAGGCCAAAUAUCCUCUAAUAUUAAAACUAACAGAACAAAAUAGGUUUAAAUAUAAUUAUAAUGACAUUAACCGAUUUCACAACAUUAUCCGUAACAUAUACAUUUCGAAAUACACUUUGUGUACAUAUUUCUACAUGAAAUUGUAUUUUAAAGGUUCUGUUUUAUUUAAUUGAUAAAUAUUGUAUUGAUUUCAAUAUUACUACCACAAACAAUUUGAAUAAAUCAGAAUUUAAAAUUUAAUUUUUAUAUUAUACUAUAAUUUUCCAGAAUUUGAAAUAAUAUGCCCUCAGGAAGGUUAAAUUUCAAAAUUAUAAAUUAAUUCAUUACUUUUUCUGCUACUAUAUUGUCAUAGUUUACAAAUAAUGAGUAUGUGAACUAUUUUCUGAAAGACUUAUUUGAUUAAAAAUUAUACCUAGUUAAAUAUAUUUUUUUUAAUUUUUGUCAAACUGUUGUUCACUAGGUACUUAAGUGUAUACUAGACUAUAUUAAUUUAUUAUAGUCUAAUAACUAAUAAUCAUGUAACUUGUAAAUAUUUAUAACAUUUGAUUGAAUAACUGUAUAAAAAUUUACAGUUGAAAUAACAGUCAGAGGACCAGUUGAUGAAACCACUGGCAUGGUUAUGAACAUAGCAGAUUUAAAAAAGCAUAUUAACUUUGCUGUGCUGGAGACAUUGGAUCAUAAAAAUUUGGAUAUGGAUGUACCUUACUUUAAAGAUUAUGUUAGUACAACUGAAAAUGUAGCUAUUUUUAUAUGGCAGCAGUUAAAAAAAGUCUUAAAUAAUCCUGAUUUAUUGUAUAAAAUCAAAUUAUAUGAAACUGAUAAAAAUGUUGUUGUUUAUAAAGGAGACUAAUCUAUUGUGGUUCAGUAGUAUAGAAUACAGCAUAUAUAUACAUACAUAUAUAUGCUAUGUAGGCCAUAAAUAAAAUAGAAAAUAUAUUACUACUAUACAAUAAUUAUGUACUUGACUUAUAUUUAACUAAUCAAAUAGUGACAUAAAAUACAAAAAUCUCAGUGUCAAGUUUAUAUUUUAAUUCUACAGAAAAAAAAACAAUGUCAAAAAUGUUCUACAAAAGUAUUACAUUACUGAAUACACAUGUUUUUAUUAUUUAAAAUAUACUGUUUUAAAAGGAAUAUAGAGGCUUAUUUUUGUUAAUUAUAUUCAAGAAUUUUUUUUUAAUUAAGUUAAUCAUUAAAUAAUUAAAUUUAAAAAAAAUAACAUAAAUAAACCAAUAUAUUAAAUUAUAUCUAGAUGUGAAAACGAUAUAAUUUAGUUAUAUGCAAACCAUAAAUCAAUUAAUCAAAUAGUUCUAUAUUUUCCAUCAUACAAACUGAAGGUUGUGUCACUGGUUCUUCAGUUAACUUUUUCAAUUUUUCAGCUG